AUGUCAGAAGGAAACGAUAUUAUUUAUGAAGUGAGAGGGAAGGUGACAAUUAUAACUUUGAAUAACCCUAAAAAAUUGAAUUCUUUGGAUAAACCUCAAUAUAUUCUAUUAGCUAAAUUGAUUGAGAAGGCCGAUAAGGAAGAGGACACGGUAUUAACUAUUCUUCAAUCAACUGGAAGAUAUUUUAGCGCGGGGGCUCAGCUUGGUGGUAAAGAUAUGCUUACCUCAGACCCGUCAGUCUUGUUGAGUCAUGAGUACUGGCUAGAUGAGUUCGUGGCGAAGAAUGUCUUUUUGACUGAUGUAUUCCACAAUCAUACCAAGGUAUUAGCUGCUGCUGUAAAUGGCCCUAUAAUUGGAGUGAGUGCAGCAUUGGUGGCAUUGUGUGAUUUAGUGUAUGUGAUGGACGAAACAAAAAUGCACAUCUUAACCCCAUUUACAUCGUUAGGAUUAGUUGCAGAAGGAACUAGUAGUUCUACAUUUUUCUUGCGAUUAGGCUGGUCUAAGGCUGCUGAAGCAAUAAUCCUAGCGAAACCAAUACCAGGUACAGAAUUGAAUAAGUUAGGAUUCAUUAACAAAUCUUAUCAUGAGACCAAUUUUGACUCCGUAGAACAAUUCAAUCAGAAGGUACACGAUGAUUUGGUAUCUCAAUUCAGUGGCUUAUAUGAGCCUUCUAUAUUAGCUAACAAACAGUUAUUAAAGGCAAAUAGAGACCAAUUGAUUAAUAGUGCUAGUUCUAGAGAGGUUAUCAAAACUUUUAAUAAUUUUGUUCAGGGUAUUCCUCAACUGAGGUUUAUGGAAAAAAUGCAAGAAGCAAGAAAAAACAAAAUGUAA